CGUCAUUUGGUUUUCAUCUUGUUCCUCCUUUGGUUGGAGAUCAUACCAGCUAGCUGAUAGCAAACCAGCUACAUUUCUUUAUUUUUCAUAGUUCUAAGACCCACUUAUUAUAAGGCGUGUUUGAUUUUCUGAUUCAACAGGAUAUUGUUUAUCGACAAAUUCAUUCGGACACAGUUUUCUUUCCGCUCCGGGAGAAAACACUGAGCCAUGUACAAUGGGAUUGGCCUGACAACUCCGCGGGGCAGCGGCACCAAUGGCUAUGUACAGCGCAACCUUUCGAGCCUGCGGGUCAAAAGGCCGCGGGAUGAGCGCGGGGGUGAGCGGGAUGACAAGGACAGGGAGAGACUGGAGAGUCAGCUCAACAGGCAGCCCAAUGCUGACAUCCUGGAGCACCAACGGAAGAGGCAGCUGGAGGUCAAGUGUGCUGAGCUGCAGGACAUGAUGGAGGAGCAAGGGUAUUCAGCUGAGGAAAUCGAGGAGAAGGUGAACAGUUUCCGUAUGAUGCUACAGGAGAAGCAGGAGCCCCCUCCCGCCACCACUGAGAGACCAACGGCGACAGAGACUCAUGCUCUGGCUGCAGCCAACCAGCAGAAGAAUGACCGUCUUCGUGCUGCUUUUGGCAUCACCAGCGACUAUGUGGACGGGUCAUCCUUCCACGCUGACCGCAAGGAGAGAGAAAAGGAGAAGAAAGAGCAAGAACGCCUGGAGAGGGAAAGGCAGCAGAAAUAUACGUUGGUGGAAGAUUCAGACAAUUCAGAUUCUCCUCCCAAGAAGCGGAGUCGUAAGAAGAAAAAGAAAAACAAGAACAGAGACAGCUCAGAGAGUCCCUCCUCAUCUCCUCCACGAGAAAAGACGAAAUCCAAAAAGAAGAAAAAGAAACGUGAUGCAUCAGAAGAUGAUGAUGAUGAAGAAGAAGAAGACAGUUCGUCAGAUGAGAAGCAGAAGAAGUCAAAAAAGAAAACAAAGAAGAGUAAAAGUGUGAGUCCUCCGAAAGAAAAGGCAGUGCGACACAGGAGUGUCUCCUCCAGCUCUGCUCACAGCCAGUCUCCAGCUUCACUGAGAUCACGUCAACAGGACCAAAUUGCAAGAAAAGCUGAUGAAGGUAGAAAGGGGAGAUCACCAGACAGGAGGAGACGUGGCUACGAGGACCACUUUCCACAGCAUCAGGGAGGUGAAGGGAAGAGGCCAAAUUUUGAGAGAGAAAAAGAGCGGCCGAGUGAGAUGGAGAAGACCUCCAAGAGGAGACAUGACUCUUCAUCCCCUUCUCCACCACCACAGACCGAAAAAAGCAGGGAGAAGGAGAAAGGGAGGCGUUCCAGGAGCAUAGAAAACGAGAGGGAGAAAGGGAGGCGUUCAAGAAGCAGAGAGAUGGAGAAAGGGAAGCGUUCCAGGAGUAUAGAAAAGGACAGGGAGAGAGAAAGGAGCCCCAGAAGCAGAGAGAUGGAGAAAGGAAGGCGAUCAAGGAGCAGAGACAACCAGAGAGGGAGGCGUUCAAGGAGCAGAGAAAAAGAGAGGGAGAAAGUAAGGAGCUCCAGAAGCGGAGAUGUGGAGAAAGUGAGGAGGUCAAGGAGCAGAGAUGUGGAGAAAGGCAGCUUUUCAAAAAGCAGAGAGGCAGAGAAAGGGAGGCGUUCCAGAAGCAGAGAAAAGCGGGACAAAGGAAAGGAGAGCCUUCCGCAGAGGACAAGACAUCACUCAUCCUCAUCCCGUUCUCCUUCUCCUCCACCCAAACAGGAGACUAGGAUGGAAAGGAGCAGAGACAUUGAGCGGGAAAAAGAAAGGAAUAAACAGGAAAAAAAGAGGCAUGACUCCUCAUCUCCCUCACCUCCCCCGAAGAGGGAGAGGAGUGGAGAGAGGGAGCGCAGGAAUGAAAGAGAUCUGCACUCAAGGGUGCCAAAUGAAAGGGACAACAGAAGAGACACUGCUAAGAGACAGGAGAGAGAGGUGUCUCCUUCCCAACAGAAAAAUGACAGGAGAAAUGAAGGAGGGCAUCCGUCCCACGAUUCCCCGUUACCUGCCUGUCGCUCUCCUGUCACAAAUGGGCGUCAAAGAGAGAAGGAGGAUGAGAGGAAAAGAGAAAAAGAAAGGGAGAGCAUUAAAGAGAAAGACAGGCAUCUGAACAAGCCGACGGAACAAGACAGAGAGCGAGGUCCAGAAGGCGGCAGAAAGAGAGAUGAGGCUGUCCGUUCAAGUGCCGAAAGUAGGCGAGAUGGAUCGAGACCUGCGGAGAAAGGCAAGAGGGAAAGACCAGAGAUGAAUGAGAGGCAAGAGAAGACGAGAAGCCCGCUGAUGAGCGAGAAAAAUGAUGACAAGGAGAAACGGGCUGAGAAAAAGAGAGAGAGUAGUAGUAGUAGUAGUAGUAGCAGCAGCAGCAGCAGCAGUAGCAGCGGCAGCGAUAGCGACAGUGAUAGCUCCUCAUCCUCCUCUUCAUCUUCCUCUUCAUCCUCAUCUUCUGAAGAUGAAGGCAAGGUAAAGAAGGCUGGCUCACCAGGGAAGGAAAAAAGCAGCCCCUCGAAAAGUACACCAUCUGCCAUUGGAGCUGCAGUUCAAAGGUAUUUAGCCAACGGGGGAAAGGAAAGCCCUGUCCCUGCUUCUGAGGGCAACGGGCAUCGACAAGCCCAGAAGGACAGAGAGGUUGGAGGAGACAAACGUGAGAGGGAAAGAGCUUCCCACAAAGCUCCUGCAGAGACUCACCCAUCCCGGAAAAAAGGUCAGGAACGAUAUAGCCCCACACAGAUGGACAGCCCCAGUCCACCUCCUUCCCCAUCCAACAGAGCAGACGCCAGCAGAGGCAGCAAAAGGUAUUCUCCCUCUGAGGCCGAAGCAGAAAAAACAAGAGUGGAGGCGAAAGUCGGGGAAAGGGAGAGAGGGAGGGAGAGGGACGCAGCCAGGAGGCCUGCAAGGUCCAGCCCCUCAGCUAGGAGGUCACGCUCGCCACCCCAGAAAACCACCACCUCCCCAGCACGUCGCACUCCACCAAGGCAGUAUCAGGAACCACCAUCCCGAUCCAGGAGAGCUUCUCCUCCUCCGGCCUGGUCAGACUGGGACAGAGAGAGGCAGAGGGACCGGGACAGGGACAGAGAGAGGGAGAGGGACAGGGACAGAGAGAGGGACAGGGACAGAGAGAGGGACAGAGAACGUGAGCGGGUUGCCAGGAGGAGCAGGUCCAGAAGCCCAAGAAGGCGCAGCAGGUCCAGGUCUAGAAGUCCAAGGCGGCGAAGCCCCCCCAGCAGGUCCCGUCGUUCUCCCUCUCCACAGCGGCGAAGGAGGACCAGUCACUCCCUCUCCCGAGAAAGAACGAGACAAAGGGAACAUGAGAGGAUCAGGCAGAGGGAGGUAGAACAAGAGAGAGGGCGGCUAAAGGAGCAUCUGCCCCCAAAAGAUGUCCCCCAACCCCACAGGUCUUCCUCCUCCUCAUCAUCAUCCAGCUCCUCUUCUUCCUCUUCAUCCUCACCGUCACCACAGCGAGAGAUGAAAGACACAAAAGCACUAACAGAGAGAGGCAAAAGAACGGAGCGAGAGGAUGAGAAGAGAGAGGACAGACAGCAGAAAAUGAGUUCCUCUUCUUCACAAGGCCCUUCCAGAGACUCAUCCCAUGCCCCAACCUCAGGUAGGAGAGGCUCCCAGUUGGACUCCAGGCGCUCGGAUGUGCCCCCCAGAAGGUCCCCUGCGGGCAGCCAACCAGAAGCCAAACCGGUGUCUCGAGAUCCAAGCAGGAAGCAGUCACCAUUGGCGACCCAUCAAUCUUCAAACCAAACAGUCAGAAGUGAGAGCGCUGUAAACGGGAAGGAGGCAAGUGCAGGCAAGAAAGCCAAGAGGAGCAGCAGCUCCAGCUCCUCUUCCUCAUCCUCAUCCUCCUCUUCUUCUUCCUCGUCUUCAUCAUCCUCGUCAGACAGCUCUGACUCUGAGGUGGAGCAAGGAAAAGGGAAGACCGUCAAAGCUACAAGCUCUCCUUCUUCAUCCUCUUCAUCGGAGAAUGAAAAGGAAACUAAGAAAAAGAGCCCUGCAAUGCCUCGGAGGGUGCCGGCUGAUUCACUGAGAGAUUCUCGCUCACUCAGUUAUUCUCCUCCAAGGUACAUGAGAGCAGCACCGCCAUCGCCUAGCCGCAGGAGUGGCAGCAGGCAGUCACCGAGCCGCUCCUCAAGCAGCAGACGAAGGAAAUGAGCCAACAUCUUGAGGCGCUUUACUACUUUUUUUGUGUUGUUUCUCUGUUCACUUCCGGCUGGUUUGAACUGGACUAUAACAUGGACUUUACAGCCAGCGGUCAGUAGAUAAACAUCUGCUAAUGUCAGGGGACUUGUUUUGGUUUCGAGUCAUCACACAGUUAUCAACAAUGUGUUUGUUUUUUAAGCUGCGUUGACCCGAGGCUGGCUUGUACAUUUCUUUUUAUGAGCUGAAUAAGAAACGUACACAUUCACACACGCAAACAGUUAAGUAAAAUGUAACUAACAAUGUUCCUCUGUACUUGUACUGUUUGUUGCGUUAUACCUGUAGAUAUAAGCUGUCUGUAUUUUUGGUUAUGUAACAGAUACAAAUUUCCAUUUAAUGUGAGCAGAAACUGAAACAUGGUUAAUUUCUUUGUUGAAAAUGGUUAAUAAAAGGCAAUUGUACAUUUAA